GUGAGAGGAUCUUGCUCCACAUAUAAUACAAGGAAAGAUAUCAAAGACGAGGUGAAGAAUGCAAGUUUGGAUGAGGUGACAGAAAAGUAUGGACUAAGUUUGGUGAUUGUGGCAUCUCAGGAAGUUAGGACACGAGCUUUGGUGGGUCACUACAUAAGCCCAACACUGGAACUGGCACUCAUGCGCUAUUGCUUCUUGGAGCGAGUGGGUCGAGCUCGUUACCACGGCGAAGUCACUCAAGGUAAGCCUGGCUUGUCCGCGCUCAAAGAGGAUCCGAAGUCUUUGUUCUAUCACCGAAAGUUUCUGCUGCACCACAAGUUGAUUACGAAGCAAGUCCACCAUCAGAGAAGCGGACGCCAUUGCGGCAGUGGUAGUCUGUUGCAUUUGCCACGCUUCUAUGUUGAACGAAAGCCGAAGAUGAUCUACCUGGCGGAACAGGUGCUCGAUAUUUUACGAUCCAAAGAAAACGGCGUGGCUGAGUACGAUGAGAUUAAGAAGAAGCUCGGAAUCGAAAAUUCUAUCAAAAAACUGUUUAAAACUGCCUUCUUUCAAAAAAUCGUGAAGACAGACAUCAGCGUGCCAUAUAGAACUUUAUAUCCUAACGCAGAACCCAAUGAGUGGCGACAAAAGCAAGAUCCUUCGAAGGAGAAAACAAUUAGAGUCGUGCAGGUGCUGUAUCCGGAUGUCGAUGUUGCUGAUCUGUGGUACAAAGAUGAGAAGGAUGACGAUGAAGACAUCCUUGAAUUGGAUGUGUCUAAUCACAAGUUUAAUGUUCCUUAUCUGAAGCAAGCAAACGUUAUUAUUGAAGCUAAUAAAUCGCAAGGUAUAUCUCAAGCUUAUUUGGGAAAGGAGAUGGGUCUCACCAGAUUACAGUCUAGAUCAUUUCUGAGGAAUAUGGUAAAGUCAGGUAUCGUUGCAACGUACUUGCACGAUAUGGGCCGGCAAAGGAUUACAAAAUACGUCUCGAAGAAAUUCGAAAAAAGUAGCAAAAUGAGUAAGCAAUUUAACAAAGAGAUACACAGGAUUAAGGAACUCACGAAGAAUAGUCAUCACGUUGAUAAGAUGGAUGUUGAUAAAGAUAAAAAUAAAGAAGAAGAUGCUGAUGCAAAUUAUGCUAGGAAGGAAACGGAAUUAAAGAAUUUGUUCUACGUCGUCAAUAGAAUUUUGCGCAAUUACCGAUUGUCAAAAUUCCUACCUAAAUACAAGUGCACAACGUCAAAAUCUUUAUUAAUGAAGACAAGGAGUUCCGAUAUCAACGCGAAGGAACAGAAAGCGAAGCUUGAUAUUUCCACGUCUAUACAGCAAAUCGUGAAUGAUGCCAAAGCCACGUCGUUUUAUAAUAGCAUAAAGACGAAUUUGAUAGCGCAAAAGCCUAUUCGCACUGAAGGAAGCGAAGUUUUCGGUUUUAUGGAAAUCGUACAAAGCGAGACAAAAAAUGCUAAUAUUACAUACAGAUUGUUAAGGCGUGCCAAUAUGAUAAUCGAAGCAGUGAAAGAACACCAAGUGAUUGACGACACAGCGAAACUCAUGAAGAUGAUCUACGAGGAAGAAGAUAAGGAGGGUUACGACGUGAGGAUCGAUAAAAAGUCUCUUAUCAGAUUGUUGCAGAAACUUGCCAAGGAUAAUCUGGUGAAGAACAUCAAAUUGACCUUGAGCGCAAAUGGACGUGAGAAGAACUUGAUGUUCAUUUGCGAUCCUAACAUCGAUACUGAUCAUACCGUGAUUAAAUCAGCCGUCGAACAAGCAAAGGUCAAGUUCUGCUUAUUAGCGUCUCAAAAAGCAAAGAUGCUCGCAAAGAAAACGGAUAAGCAGGACAAGGCGGACAAGUCAUCAGGUUCUAAAGGACGAUUGCAGGUCAACAAGACAGCGACUAAAUAUCCCGCAAACUACAAGUACGAUGCUAAAGCUGGCAAACGUUACGGUCUUAGCCCGAAAUUCAUCAGGAUGCAGACGAUCCACGUUCUGCUCUUCUACCUGGUCUACGAUCAUCCUGGCAUACCGAAAUUAUCUCAGCAAAAGCAGAUAGAAAUUCUCAGGUCUAACGGAUAUGAAAUCAGCGACGAUCUCGUCCAGGAGUUCAGUACUAUUUACAACAUGGAAAUAAACUGGAAGAUGUUUGUCCCGCCUUUGCCUAAACAUAGCGGGUGGCCCAAAGGUUGGGCGCUGAUGUGCGACGUUCUGUUAGGGCUGCCUUUGUCGAUUUUCAUCAAGGUACACAAUAUCACCUUCAUGAUCCCGGAGCUGGAGCACUAUUUAAAUCACCCGAUCAGGAAACAUUACCUUGUUAAGAACCUUCCGGUCACCAUACGAAAUACUCUCUUGCAUGCGCGGAAGUAUAUAUUCAAUGUCCAUGAUACCAUAACCAGAUUGGGUUACAUCGGCCUGGUGCAGUUUGGUCCACAGCGGUUGAAAGACAAAGAUCAAGUGUUUAUCUAUGUGAACCGGCGCACGGAAUUGAUGGAUACAACCUCUUCGGCACCAGGCUAUCACAAGAUCGAAGACAAGACAUACCCAGUGUAUAAGUAUUUCUUCGAUUGUACAAAGACCGUUGAGACCUACUGGUGUGAUAUGUGUGAUAUUUGUGUUACUACUCUACUUGGCGGUAGGCUGGUGAUGCACGGCAAAGAUAUUCUACUUGAGGAUUUAAGCAAGAAGAUUGCCAUGAUAGAAGCGGUUGCAGCACGCAGUCCCAAAGAAGCCGCAGAAAGAGAUACCGGUGCAGUUCCCGGAGAUCGUAAAGGAGCGGCUGGUAUCGACUCAGCUUUCUUCGCGCAUCUGAAACGCAAUUGGAACUGGUCAAAUAAUUAUCCUGUACAUCAGCAGACUUCUAGGAAUCAGGGAAAAUCCAGCACAGGCCAACGAGAUUUGCAUCUAUCGAAAAUUCAAGCAAAGCCAGUUAGGUUCACGGAGUACGACGGUCUGAAGAAGAUCUCGGGACCGCCACCGCCGCCGUCUGUCAACGCGACCGAAUUGCGGAAAAAGGUAUACAAUCAUCUCAGCACCGCUGGACGGAAGAACGAGGCCUUGCCGUCGCAUCAGUCCAUCAGGCAGAAGUCCUUCGUGCGGCAUGUGAUGCCGCGCAAGAAAAGUGUACGAAAGCUCAAAUACGACGAGGACGACUAUCGGGCGAUGCAACGGAUGAAUAAGCUGCGGGUCGAGUGGGACUCACACGAAGACAAUAUCCUGCUGGUGUGCAAAGUAGCAACGACCUACUUGUCGCCAAACCCGCGCAAGCAGGUGGUUAGUUUCAUAGCGAUACGAGACGUAUUGCGAACGUUCUCUUACAACUCGUACAACAAGACUUCACGCGCCUGUCAACGUCGAUUGGUGUACAUGCUGCGACAGCAACGCACGGUGAACAGCGUUAAUCUGGGUGUCGAGGAGAUCAAACAGGACCCGUUUAUCGAUAGGCGAUAUGGCGGCGCCAUGGACAGAUUGAAGGGCGAAUGUUCGAGCUCGGCGGAGUACGAGAAGCGGAUAACGGAUGUUUUCAAGGAGCUUGUCGGCUAUAUCGUUAAGAAGUAUUACGACAUUGCGGAAAUUAAACCAAAGAAGCAUAUGGCGAUGCCGAAGACCAUACAAGAGUUUAAUUUCCUCUUCGAAGUGAUCCAUCCGACGAAGUCGCACCAUAAUCAGGGCUUCACGAAGGAUGUGCGAAACAUAAAUGAUGUUCAUUCGGCGACUAUCAAUGCUGUUAUACACAGUUCCAUGUGCUGUGGAAAGGACAGACGUUCUUGGGCUUAUCAGCUCUUUACGGUAUACCAACACUAUUCAGAAGCCAUUUUGAAACAAGCAAUGAAUAAGAUCAGAUCGGAUCAGAUGGUGACUAUAAAGAAGCACCACUUGGCGACUAUUAAGAAGUACGGGAACUACAUGCCGAUGAGCAGCUCGCAGUAUCAACUCAGUAUUAACUACAUCUAUAAGUUCCAGACCAAGUGGACUUAUGAUGUCUUCAAAGAGUCCUACGAUGUUUUCGAGAAAUUACUGCAGUGGUAUUCCGAGCAUAAAAACAACGUUCCUUCAGAGAGCCAGGAAACAGAAUUUAACGGUAUUGAGAUCCCAGUUUCCAGUGGCAUCGUCACCAUCAUGCAUGAUCUUUUAGCACGCGAUCAAAUCGACUUCGACAUUGAGAUGCCGGACCAAAUCAUUAUGUUGGACGCGAGGUACCAAGGCAAAGACGAGACCUAUUUCAAAGCUGCCCAAAGAUACCAGGAUAUUUUGACCAGACUUUAUCGCUUUAAAUUUGAGAACAUUGAUGCUCAGAACCCUGGAGUUUCUGAAGAAGCGGAAGAAGCUUCCCAUGAAACACGAGAUGAUUCUUUGAAAAAAAAGAGACCUAUCGAGAACGAUGAGCCUGAAGAACCUAUGUCGAAGAUCUCUCGUAAAAACGAGGAAAUUAAUGUAAAACAAGAGAACCAAUCUCAGCAAAAUGAAGAUACAUCGCUCGAGAAAAACCGAUCUCUUGACGAAAGCGAAAAACGCGAAGAGAUGAAUCCGAAGGAUUGUUCUCACGAGCAAAGUGGGAAGAAAACUCGUGCAAGUCGUUCAUCAAGAAAAAGAUCUGCCAAUAUUGAAGAGGAUUCCAGGGACUACGAAGAGCAGGUCUUGAAGAGAGCAAGACUAAACUCCGAAGAUUCAACGGAUUUCGAGGACUCGGAAGAAAACGAAGAAUCAAAAAUUUUCGAAGAGGAAUUGUACGAAGAUCUCGAAAGCAUCGAAAAAGUAUUUCCGAAUAGCUCCAAAUCUCUUAAUCCGAUGAAUGAAUUAAAGGAGCAGAUGAUAGAAGAAGCUUCUUCAAUGCAGCCGAGCAUAAUUGAUAUGACUUCGGUUCCUCGACGUGUCAGCGAAAUUAUCAGGAAAGUGUCGCCUGAGACGAACUACUUCAAUUCUUGCAAGAUAGAAGAUACAAGCGAUGUUCAGAAGAAAUAUACUAGAAUAGCCAUGCUGAGGAUGAGAGAAGAGCUGAACGAUCUCUCGGUAACCGACAGUCAUCACGCGCACGAAUAUUUUGUAGUCAAUAGCUUCAGAAUGUUUUAUAGCUUGGAAACGUCACCGUCAAUAGCAUCCACGCCAUCAAACGACGUUGAGAAUUUUAAAGGUCACUCGGUGCCUAGCCAAUUAGUGCCGUUGAAGAUCGAGACUGUAAAUGAUUUUCUCGACGGGUUAAAUCGGACUGCCGUUUUUCCGAAGAAGAGUAUCUCUUAUACGGAUUAUAAGAACGAGAUCGUGACGAAAAAGAAGGAAAUAGCAGUUGACUGGAAAUAUGUCGACGCGGUACACGAGUUCGUCCAGGAGAGGAAAGAAAUCGGCGUUUGUUCGCAAGAAUUACUGGAUAAAUUCUUCGCUGAGCAAGGAGAAGAUUUGUACAAGGUCGUUUCGCUUUUAGUAGACAAUCAUAUAUUUUUGCGCUCUGGCAUCACCAAACCACGCUAUAUCCAUCAUCGUUACUUGGAUCCUUGGUUAAUUAAUUCCUACAAGAUACAUCGCCUUGAACAAGAAUCUCUAGGACAGUUCAAGGACAGUAUAUAUGCCACAAUGCAGCAGAGAGAAAUAGCCGAGACAAACGCUGAGAGGGAUGCGAAAGAUACAAAUCCUCACACUGAAGGAAAUACAAAUAAAAAAAAUGAAACAGAUAGUACGGUAGCAUCCACGUCAUCGGACAACCAAGAAAACAAAGAGAAGAAAAACGAAAAAACGGAUGAUGAUUUAAAUAAUGAGGACGAGAAGAAGGAAGACAGCGAGAUCAAUGGGGAAAGUAGUUCACGUACGAGAAAAAGAAGUCACAAACAAAAGACACGCUUACUUCCACAAAAGGACGUGUACAAACCUGCUGCGCAGCAACUAGAUUUCACGACUGCCGAGAAAAUAAAAGUCCUGAUAAAGCCAUGGAUACGUGUAGACGGCGUGCUGAAUCGCAAAGUUUUAGAUCGAAUGUUGGGCGCGGUUCUAAGUUACUGCUUGCUUCAUCCCGGGCUCACGAUGUCGAAAGUGCAAAGCAGAUUCGUCCCUGCUCUACAACCCUUUCAUACGCGUGAAUUGCUCGAGAUGCUGGUCAAGUUGGGAUGUUUAGAGAGUAAGCUCUUGAAGAAAACGCGCGUUACUCUGUUCUCUCCACCGCCUGUAAUUAAUAUUAUUAAUUUAACUGCAGAUGACGUUGGCUGGUGCACCGAGGAUGAAGUAGUAUUCGAACCUGCCAUAGAUGCUACAUUGAAGUUCAGUAUAUUUUUGAGUACGAGGACAUACAGCGCAGAUUUUAUGUCAUAAUUAUGUGUACAUCUGUAUUAUAUGUACAUAAGUACUUUAUCAUUUUAUCAAUACUAUCAAUAGUGUGUAAAAAUUAUAAUAAAAGU